AUGGUGAACGUCUUCCAACGUCUCACCAGGCGAGCAACAAGUUCGAAAAUACCCGAAUCCGGAUCAUGCGGCUCUGCCCCAGAUCCGAGUAUUUCAACUAAGCCUCAUGAUUUACACAGAACGACCAGCACCGCCUCAGAAAAGCGCGUUCGACAUGACCAUGCAGCAGAAGAUCCAGUGCCACGCCAUCUAAUUCUCAUAUCAGAUACACCGGACUUUGACCCAGAGAUCAUCCGUCGGUUUCGAGCUGAAGCAUUCGAAGUGGAGUAUUUGCCCUUUCAGUGCACUGGUGAUGUGGAAAAAGACCGCAAAGCAUUAGAAAAUAAAGUGCAGAUGAGAGAAGAUGAUUUGGAGACCAGGGAGAGAUUUGCUAUUGUCGCGUACAAUCGACCUGCGUACUACCUUCUCGUAUCCCACCACCUCACUACAAGCAAUACAAAUCCAUUCCCACGACUGUGUGCUUUGAUAGCAUAUUAUCCCCUUUCAGCAGCAGAUAUCCAUGUAAACACAGCAUCUCAAAGCCAAUGCUGCAAACCCGCCUGUGCAGAAACAGAAUCAAUCUUCCAGCCAGGUCCAUCAGCAACCUUCCUCCCGAUCCAGAUUCACAUCCCAGGCGAAGUGGCAGAUACCACAUUUUGGCCAUGGAUCACACUAUCAUCUGAAGGAGAUGUUACGUAUAAGAAGCGACAUCGGUGUCAUGUCUUUACAUACCCGGAUUCUCAUCCUGGGUUCGCGCAGUACAGGCACCCUACAACACAGUCAGAGAAAGAUUCAGUCCAUGACGAUGUAAGUUCGGGAUUAUCCUGGAGUAGAACACUAGGGUGUCUACGGCGCGCGUUUGGAGUGGGAAGUAAUUGGCCGGUCAUUGGGAUUGAGACGAUCUGGGAAGAAUAUUGGCAGAAACUGCUCGUCCAGUUGGACCAGUCAGAGGUGCGGGGUGGAGAUAUGUCUCGAUCUGCUAUUGAGAUCAUGAGUGGACGAGGGGAGAAUCAAGAUGAAGAGGGGUUAUCUAUAGAGUGCAUCCCGACACGGGCAGGAGGUUGUGAUCCUCCAUCUCUUCGGUCUUUUUUCGAACAUACGUUUAUUCCCACUGGGCCGGCAAGUCAACAUAUUCGGCUUCUGUCGAGGACAGUAGGUUCGGAUAAGAUCGUUGAUGAGAUAAGAUUUUCAUUCUGUCAUUCUUCUGAGAUGCCAUGGUUGUUACCUGGUAUUGAGCCGACGGAUCGUGAUAUCUCGGUAGAUAUUGUUGUUGUUGCUUCUUUCUGUGCGGAUCGUAUCGUGCGACAGAGUUUGUAUUGGGACCAAGCGGAUGUGCUUUUACAAGCUGGGGUUUUGGAUUCAGGACUCGUGCCGAGGAUAGAGUAA